ACAGAGCCAGUCUUUCUUAGUUCUGCGUUGGGAAUGUAGGGAGGGGGAAUCGGCUCGGGUUGCCCGCGGAGGGAGAAAGCUGCUAAGAAAGAAAAAUGGGAUAAUUAUUCAAGGUUUUUGGCUAGCAAUGCUCAGGAGGUAUCCCAUCACUGCUGUUUUCCAGAUUUGAAAAAUAAUAGACCUGGACUUUUAUUAUUUGUAUUUGUCAAUUAGAUUGCAAUUAGAAUACAGGAUACUAGUAAAGUGUCACACAGUCCAAAUAUUUCUGCCACAGUAAGAUGUCUUCAGCACCGCAGCCUCCAGAUGUUCCUCCAGAUGUUCCACAUGAAGCACCCCAAAAGAAAGAUUAUCGAAUUCCAGGACUCCGAGGUGCCCAAACUACUACUUUGUUCCGUGCUGUGAAUCCAGAACUUUUCAUUAAACCUAACAAAGCAGUUAUGGCUUUUGGCCUUGUGACAAUUACUCUUUGUGUAGCUUAUAUUGGGUACUUGCACGCACAACAAGAAAACAAAAAGGAUCUCUAUGAAGCUAUCGACAGUGAAGGAAACAGACUUAUGAAACGCAAGACCUCAAAAUGGGACUAAAGGAAAUUAUUGUCAUUGUUGAUAUUAACAUGGAGGAAGACUUGAUUUUCUGAAUGGUGACUUUCAGGAUUUUGUCUGAAGCAUUAGCAUUAAUUUUUAUACAAUAGUGAAUUUAAAAAACAAUUAUCCAGUUUAAACAUCAGUGUGAAAUCCUAUUACCUAUUAAUAUUUUGAAUAAAGUACAUUAUAAAUAAAAGGAGUACUGCAGAAUAUUUGUGUAUUAUUUCUUAUCUAUACUGUCAAUAGAUGCUUUAGAAUCAUUACCAAAACUUCACUGCCUGAUUUUAAAGUUUAUUAUUAAGCAUCAGUGUUUUAGUAAGUCACUCAAAAAACAUUCCUAAAAUGUGUCUUUUGUAUAAUCAUCCAGCUGUGCAAAUUUUUAAUAUUCAAAUAUUAAAUAAGGAAAACUGCCCUAGUCUCUUCCAAAGUAAUUUAUUUAUGAUUUAGUGUUUUGAAUGAUUGAUGGAUUGAUAUUUUUCACUCAAGGCAAUAAAACUAAUCUGUUAAAAUA